CUGGAAGCCUUCAGGUCCCUGCGCACUGGCGAUGGACCGCUCUUAUAAACAGCGUUCACACUGACUCUGCUGACUGACACCAACUGUGUGGGAACAUGUCGCAGUACACUCUGGGAGUUCAUCUGCAGAUCCUGCUGGCUGUGGGUCUGGCUGUGUUCUGCUACUGUCUGGUUCUCGGUUGCAUCCUUUGCUGUCGCAGGAGGAAGAGUGUUUCAUCGGAGGACAAGGAGGCAGUUUUCUUGUCUCCUCCUCCUGUUGAGAGCGUGACUGUGACAUUGACUCCAUCUCUGUGUACCCAGCCUGUCAAGCAGCAGUACGAGGAGCUGGAUGGGGACGUGUUGGAAUUCCCUUCCUCUAAAAACAGCUCUUCUCCCUCUGAGGAUGACCUCACUGCUCUGCCCUUUGACCUCAGCCCUACCAGAUCAGCUGAGCUGGUGCAGUCACAUGGGUCUUCUUUUCCGAUGCGACGCCUAAGCACCCCGGCUGUUCCCUGCUCACCCAAUAAACGUCCAAGUCAUGGCAGAGCCUCUCUGCCGUCCCUCACUAAGCUGAGCCUGGUGUCCAAGUCUCGUCAGGCAAUGGGUCGACGCAGCACCGUGAGCGGUGAAAGUUUUCUUUACAGUGAAAGCAGUCAGCUAACCACUAGUGCUGCCACAUCUCCCAAACAGCAGGGGGAGCCCUGUCUAUCAAAGUAUGGUUCUAACUCUCUCUCCAUACCCUCCAAGCCAGCUCCUCUUCUGCACUUCUCCUUGCUCUUUUCUUCUGUCUGUGGCACCCUGAUGGUCAACAUCCUGGGGCUCUCAGGGACCAGUCGAAGGCGCAGCGGGGUGUUUGUCCGGGUCAGCCUUCCUCCCCUCUGCCCCUCCCCUCAGCAGAUCACCUCUCGGCGCCGCAGCCUCAGCCCAGACCUCCACAGCCAGAGCUUUGUUCUGCAAGUGGGCUCUGUGGAAGAGCUGCACACCUGCACCUUGAGACUUGCUGUCUACAGCAGGGACUUCUCAGGCCUAAGAGAGGCUGUGCUGGGGGUGGUGGAGCUGCCCUGUGAACAGAUGGAUUGGGAGCCUGACACCACCACCACCUACACCAGGCAGCUCAGCCCAACUAAAAGCAAGCUAAAAAAGAGUGUGAGUUCUCAGGAAACAUUGGGUCACAGGAAGAGCUUGGUGUGUGUGCCGCGGGCUUUGGGCCAACUGUUCAUCCUGCUGCAGUACCAGAUGCUUGGCCAGCGCAUCAAGGUGAUGGUCCGAAAGGCAGACAAUCUGACCAAGCUCACACGGCUCCCUGGAGCUCCAGACCACUACGUUGUCAUAAACCUGCGUCAGAAUGGGAAAGUAAUUGGUACAAAGGAGACCAAAGGGGCCAGCGGUCCAAACCCCGUCUGGAACGCUCCAUUCCUGUUUGACCUGCCCUCUGGUGAUAUCACUCAGCUGCCAUUGGUCCUUGAGUUUAUUGUCAUGCAGGGCCGUCUCUACACUAAGAGCAGUAUUCUGGGUCGUGUAUUGAUUGGCAGCGAUGCUUCAGAGGCGGGACAGGGACACUGGAAGGAAAUGUGCAGUCGGGGUCAAACAGAGACGGCCCGCUGGCACACCAUCCAAUCAGAGUGAUUGACUGAGCUGCUGUUCCUCCUCCGCCCAGUGAGUGAAACACAGAGAGGUUUUAGUCAGGUGGGAAUAACAUGCGAGUGUGAUGCACACGCCCCUCACUACUAAGUAUUUAUUUUCAGUCUUUUUAUUUUUAGGUCUGUUGUGGAUUUUCGGUAACUGUAGCAACUUUGAUAGGUUUCCAUGUCAUAUAUCAACCGAUAAUGUUUAGGAAUUAAAAAAACUUGUAACUGCUGAGAGACAAAUAUCCAGGUGGUCCAUGAGUACAGAGCUUUUUCCAUAUCAACAUGUUCCCGAUAUUGCCUUUGUGAUUAUUUCCACUGUGACUUAAAACUGUAGUCUGUAUAACAUCAUGUAUCAUUCUGGUUAUAUGCAACUUGUGUUGAUGUUGUGGUACUGUUUGUAUUGUGCCCAGAGGCUUCAAAUGUUAAAGCUGAUUAGAACUUGUUAGAUCAAAACUUUGACAGUUACCCAGCAUAUAUGUUGCCAUUCUGCUCAUGAUUUGCAGUGGUGUAUUUCUGUGCCAGUAUUCAUCCACAUACUGUAAACACCUCUUCUUGCUAAUAUGUAUGAGGCUGUUACAGUGGCCUCACUUUGUAUGGCAUGCCUGUUUGGUUUUACUGUAUGAUGUUCAGUUGUCUGCUGAUGUGUAGUAAUUGCACAAUAAAAGAUUUCAACUUUA